CCCCCCCUUCUCUCUCUCUCUCUCUCUCUCUCUGUGUCCAUUGCAGCAUUCUUCACCAUGGCAAGACCUUACACUAAUGCCAUUAAGCCAUGCUCGCUUGUGGUGGCGCUAUGCCUCUUCUGGCUUCAACGUCACAUGGCUUCCUGCUCGGUCUUGCCGAGGACGAGAGCAAAGAACGCCCGGGUUGUGCAUAGAAAGCCAAUGCUCGGGGCCAAGCAGUACUCCAACUGCUCACUGUAUGUCGGCACGUGGGUCCUCGACGACACGUAUCCGAUGUACCAAUCCUCCCAGUGCCCCAUUAUCGACCCCCAGUUCAACUGCCAAGCCUUCGGCCGCCCGGACUCGGACUACCUCAAGUAUAGAUGGAAGCCUCUCAGCUGUGAACUUCCAAGGUUCAAUGGACUCGAUUUCCUGGUGAGGAUGAGGGGGAAGACGGUGAUGUUCGUGGGGGACUCCCUGGGGAGGAACCAGUGGCAGUCGCUGGUCUGCAUGAUAUCAGCUGCCGCCCCCAAAACGCCCGUCCAGAGGAUCUCCGGCGACCCACUCUCCACUUUCAAGUUCCUCGACUAUGGGGUGUCAGUGUCCUUCUACCGGGCCCCCUACUUGGUGGACAUCGACUCCGUCCAGGGCAAGAGGGUCCUGAAGCUGGAGGACAUCUCGAGGAACGCCGACGCAUGGCGGGCUGCCGACGUCCUCUCAUUCAACACCGGCCACUGGUGGGUCCACAAGGGCUCUCUCCAGGGGUGGGACGUGAUGGAGGCAGGAGGGAGGUACUAUGAGGACAUGGACCGUCUGGUGGCGUUGGGAACGGGGCUCAGGACAUGGGCCAACUGGGUCGACGCCAACGUCGACAGGGCCCGGACCCGGGUCUUCUUCCAAGGAGUCUCUCCUACUCAUUACAAUCCGAGCGAGUGGAGCACAGGUUCAAUGGCUACCGUGUCCAAGAACUGUUACGGCGAGACGGUGCCAACGAGCAGCACCACCUAUCCUGGCACUUUUCCUGAGCAGAUGAAGGUGAUAAGCACAGCGAUCAAAGGCAUGCAGACCCCGGUGAAUCUUCUUGACAUUACGAUGCUCUCAGCUCUUCGGAAGGACGGGCACCCUUCGAUCUACAGCGGUGACCUGAGCCCCGAGCAGAAGGCUAAUCCCGACCACUCCGCUGACUGUAGCCACUGGUGCUUGCCCGGGUUACCGGACACUUGGAACCAACUAUUCUAUACCAGUUUACUUUUCUAAACUUUCAUAUCUUUGGUGUUAGAUGUUACAAAUAACUCCCAAAUAGGAUUUGAUUCUAGGUUUGAAUUACAAGUUCCACUUAAGAUGUGCAAAGUAAAAGGGUGUUUUGUUGUAAUUAGUGAAGCCAAUGCUCAAGUUGAAUUGCAGCUUUAAUUGUUUAAUUGGAAAUGUGCUACUUUUCUUCUU